AUGAAUAAUUCGAGUACAACCGUUGAAUUUGCGAACCAAAUUUGGAUGACCUCGCUGUUAGUGAUAUAUGGACUAAUCUGUUUAACCUCGGUGGUAAUGAAUUCGUUGGUCGUGGGGACUUUCUGCAGAUACGAAUGUCUGAACUCCAUCCAUGAUCGCCUUAUUUUCGCGCUGUCCGCCGUCAAUAUGAUCCUCCUGCUCGGGGUGCCUUUCUAUCUGAUGUACUCCAUCGGGUACUCUUCUGUGUUACGAAAUCGAUACUUCUGUCUUCUUAACUAUGUGAUUCUUCAUGGCGGAAUCGGCUGUUCCGUGUUUCUACAGUUAGGAUUGGCAUUAGAUAGGUACCUCUGUAUCGUGUGGCCAUGGAAACAUGCAAAAAUACGUAAGCGCUAUGUAAUUCUGUAUGUUUUAUUUUCGUACAUUUUCGGAUUCGGGGUCAAUCUUUUGCCUGCUCUUGGUUGGAACAGCUGGGCACAUUACCGUGAAUGUGUGUGGAAGAGUUUUCCAUGGGGAUACAGAUUUUUCUUGAGGAUUACUAUGAUUUCCAUUCUCAUUCUUAAUCUGGGAAUUCAUCUGUACGUCCUCCAUGUCGCCAACCAACACGCACGGAAAAUCAGACGACUUAUUAAACGAGUUAGAAGAGAGCAUUCCAGAAGCAGUGGUUGCGAGCACACGGCGGUGACCACCGUUGUACUUCUGGCCGUCAUUUCAUCCAUCUGCUGGUGGCCUUAUUUGAUUGCGUCUUUUGUUCUACCACCUGACAAAAUGACAACCCUUGUAAUUCUACAGAUCUUGUACGCCAUCAUCAUACUUAACUCCGUGACAAGUCCGCUUCUGUUUGUUAUGCGAAAUAGACAUUUCAGAAAUGCUAUGUGCAGACUAUUGAUAUUGGAUCCCAAAUCACACCACUGUGGACAUUAA